AUGACAAAAGCCGGAAGCACUGUCGAGGUGGAGAACAAGAUCCCGACGGUCAGGACGACCAAAAACUCACUAUCCGCCAGUGAGAAGGCGACACCAAGAAUGGAUCCGGUGGCGCCCGUUCCAGCAGUCAAAACGGGAGUUAAGCGUGUGAUCGCUCAAGACGGAGUUCGCGGAUCAAAGAAGACGAAGUCAUCGGUGGAGACUCAAUCGUGUGGAAAGAAGAGAGCCCGUACUGAGGAUCCAAAGGCCGGCGGUCUCGAGACGAGCAACGACAAGGUGGCGAAGCGUCGUUUCAAACGCCCAGAGAACAGAAAAAUGCUCAUCAGAGACUUGCCAAAACAGAUGGCAAAGUACUUGCACCCCGCGUACGCAAGAGUCUUGACUGGGUGAGUCGAGAACUUGUCCAUCCAAAAAUGUGUAUAUUUGUUUUAUUUUCAGUCAUCGCCGAAGAUGGGUAUCGAUGCCGAAGCACAACCGGGAAGCUCUUCAGAUUCUGAAGAAGUAUAAGAAACCAAAAGUGCCAAGACGCUUCCCGUUCCUAUGCCUCAGAUGUUUUAUGAGAACCUGUACGUUCUCGCUCAUCAAAGGGCACUCCUGCCAAAAACUGGACAGAAGAAAGCUGAAGCGCAUGCGCCAAGAGCUGUACUUCGGGAAGUACGACGAUUCAAAGUGUCAGUUUCUGGCAAAAUGUGCUCAUCUCUCAUAAAGCGCGUUGUUUCAGGGAACAAGUUGGCCACCGAACAGGUGAAAAACUGGAAGAGUAACUCGCUGUGCGCUCUGGAACAGGCGUUCAACCCAGAUGCGAUCGACUUCUUCACCACAAAUAUCAUCAAAGAGUCGAACGUUGUGGAAGUUAUCGAGCACGCUCCUGAGUAAGUCUUGUGGAAAAAUCAUUUGAACCUUACAGCAGAUCGUGUGAUUUCAGCAGUCCGGAGAACGAGAAGAAUUUGAUUCAUGUGCCCCAAAUCUUCCUCCCGAUUUCAAAAGUGUUCCACCCUGCAAACGACAUUCUGCCGGAAACCAACUACAAGCAGCCUCCAGGUGAACUGGUGGACGGUGUCCUCUGCUACCACUGCAAAGCGCUUUUCAUCCACUACAGUCAGUACAACAUGCACCUCUACAACGGUCCAUGCAGCAAAAUUCUGCCAUCUUACCAGCACAUAACUGUGAGAAAUUUCGAUCUUUCCUCUCAAUUCUCAGUACCAAUUUCAGCGAGAGGAUAAGACUGGGCUGUUCCCGGACAAUCUCAAGUACAGCGUCGCGAGAGUGGCUCCAGACACAAGGGAUCGCAGCCGUAUCGUCUGCACGCUCUGUAAGAGAUCGGGAUUCAAAGGUUCCGGCGAGUUGUACGAGCACAUUGUCGCGUGCGCCAAGACUAAGAAAAGGUGUGUUUUUGAAAGUGUUGGUACAUCGUAUUGGGCUAGAAGACAACGGGUCCCCCUAUUAUUAAGAUGAAACUAUUAGCAAAGACUCAUUUAGGCGUUUUUCCCAAGCAUUAACAUAAAGGCAAAGGGCCCUUCCUUGCCUCGUCGCCACGCGAAGUGGGACGAGGGGCUCUCGUCCUUCUUUGCGCGAGGCCCUGUAAAAAAUACCAGUUUUUGAGAGAUUGUUUAUGAGAAUCAGCUCUUGAUAAAGUUUAAUUUCAGCAAAGAACAGCCGGGUCUCGUGUCUGCCGGGAGGAUCGUCCAGUGCUCGCCUUCCACUACGGUCUCGUCGUCCACCGACAUCUCGUCAUCGACUGUGACUUCGUCGUUGAUCAAGAGCAUGUCGUUGACAAAGAUCUCGUCGUUGCCUUCGACCUCGUCGUCGACUAAGGCCUUGUCGUUAAUUCAGGCCUCGGCGUGUACUAAACCCUCGUCGUACACUAAGCGCUGCUCGUCGACUAAGGCCUCCUCGUCCACUGAGACCUCCUCCUCCACUAAGGCCUCGUCGUCCGCUAAGAUCCCAUCAACGUCUGAGAUCUCUUCGUCUCCACCGGCGAGACGUCGCAGUCAACGUCUCCGCAAUUAA